AUGUGCUUGAUGUACUGGCCGCGCCGAAGCAUUUUUGAUCGAGGGCCCGUAGCGAGGAUGGAGUGCGAAGUUUGUGUUGUAGGCUUAGGCGUGUCGUCGUUGCCUCUGUUGAAGCUGCUGCAGCAGUCGGGCACCGACUUCCGCGUCGUCAGCAGUACUGCAUUUGGCAUUUGGGACAAGCUGACGGCCGCGGGUGAGAAUUUUGACUUGGUGACCACAAUCGAGUCCACGAACUAUAGCUGGUGGGACUAUGACUACGACUUUCCCUUCUACACGGCCAAGUCAUAUCACGAGAAAUUGCGGGCUGAAUUAACCCCUGAACUGCUGGAUCGGCUGAUUCGCAAAGACGUGACCUCGGUGGCAGAAGUAGGAGGCCGCUACCAGGUCUGGAGCGGGGAGGAGCUGCUUGUAACUUGCUCCAAGCUGGUGCACGCCAUUGGCUUCGCGCCGGAUGGCAAUAUCUUCUCGAACCUGUCCACCAUCGCCAAUGCUGGCCGGGAGGGAGGCAAACACUUCCUGAUCUUUGGCUUCAGCGACACGACGAACCUGUACAUUUCCCGGCUGAUCUAUGCGGGGCAUCGGGUCACCCUGGCCUGCAGACACUUCCAUGUGGUGGACAAGAUCGGCAUCACGCAUGGCAACGUUGGCGGCCCUUUCGACCAGUAUGAGCCGAUGCAGCACUGGACAGGGAGCGGGACGGUGCCCAACGUCACCGGCAUACUGGUCCCGCUGCCCAUCAAGGGCGCGAGGGUGGGCAGCCCCAUGUGGGUGGCGGGGCAGAUCACCUCCUACGUUGCCGAGCUGGUCGGCUUGCAGGACGUCGUCGACCUGCGGAAGUUCGACACCGACUACCAGACGGCAGGACGCGGCCUGGUCACCCCCGCCAAGGUCGACGUCCCUGGCGGCCUCGGAUACUUGGUGAAACAGUGGCCGGUGGAUGAGUAUGUGCGUUUCUACAGCGACGACAGGUACCGAGACUGGAUGCUGAAGGAGGGCGUUUACCUCAACGACAUCUACUUCUUCAUCCAGCAGGGUCUGGUAAAGCUGCACUCACGCAGGGAGGUGGAGCACAUUUCAGGCAGGCGCUAUCGCUUGCAAGGGGAGGAGGUGGAGUUCGACGAGGUGCUCAAGUGCGAGGAGGCGAGGCACAAGACCUUGCAGAUGCCAUUCUGCCCUCGCUACUCCUACACAGACCACCUGUACGGAAUCUGGAACAGGACCCAUCCGAAUCUGUAUUUUUUGGGGACUACGCGGCCCUACACGGGAGCCUUCGGCUGUGUUGCGGAGGUCAACGCCAUGUUCGUCCAUCGCAUGAUCACCGACGGUGGCUUUCACUGCAGCAUGGGGCAGCAGUUUCCUGGGCUCAUGCAUAGCCAGCGGGUGAGCCACUACGUCCAAGCCAGUGAUCCGGAUAAGAUGCACGUCCACUGGGCCGGGAUGCACUGCCUCUGGAUCUCCCGUGCUGUGGGCUGCGACGUCAGCUUCGCAGAAGCUGCAAAGCGCGGCUUGCUGCUGGAGUGGAUGACGGGGCCCGUGAAUGCGCUGCGCUGCCGCAUCUCCGGUCCCUACGCCGCGGCCGGCGCCGCGGAGAAGUACAAGGCCUCCUGCAAGAAGAUCGGGACGAACUACAUGUUUCUGAACAUGAUCUACCGCAAUUGGGGGGACCGGCUGGUGGUGGCCAGCUACUUCCUGUGCCUUCUGCAUCACUGGGGCUUUCAGUGGAGGCGCAUGGCCGAAGUGGAGCGAGUCGUCUGCAUCCUGGCCACAGCCUUCCUGGUGAAGGUGCCGACGCCCCUGGCGCAGCUAAGGGGCUACCUCCUGAUGCUGGCAUUCGACAGCCUCUACCACCGCAGGGCCUGGAUCAUGCUGCUCCUGAACGUGCUGCAGUUCCUCUUCGCGCUCCUCUGCAUCCUGCAGGGCACGGACUACGGGAUUCCUCUGGAGAUCCGUGCUGGCCUCUUCACGGACCUCUUCUUCCUCAUCCUGGGUUACUUGGCCUUCCCCCGGGCCUUCUUCGCGGACAUGCGCGUCCGCAGCCCCCACGCCGCGUGGCUCUUUGACACCUACCUGCCGAAGGGUCUGGUCUCGAAAGAGUGA